AUGGCUGAGCCUAGCACCACUGUGAUAGAGGAUGUCAACAAGGCCAUGAUCAGGGCCAACUCAGGAAAAGACAAGAAUGAAACAGCUUUGUUAAUGAUGUCUCCUAGCAUGAACUGGGCAGAAUUCCUUACACCAGCACCCAUGUCCAUCGCACUUCUGGGGCAACUGAUGCUGAUAGCUGGAGAAAAGGAUUUCUCACUGGAAAGUCAAAAGCCGAAGGACGGUUUCCAGUUCAUCCAGCAUCCAAGAUCAUUUAGAGCAUGUCUGGUGCAAGUGAGCAACGCUGGGUGGCGAGCUUUCAAUGAGGCUCAUAAGGUAUCAUUCUUGGUUCCCAACAUCAUCCCAAUUUGGUUAACUAAAGGUCGUGACUCAAUUGUUCCUUAGAUUUUUCUUUCUGAGGGCCCUUAGCUUUGAUAAGUUCUUGAAUAGGUAUAUGUAAAGCAAGAGAGCAAACACAAUCGAACCUUUAUGUGUUGUAACCAAAAUAUAUGACCUUAAACAAAGUCGAUAGAGAUAAAAUAAUAUUAUCAGAAGAUCUGCAUCGAUGAUCCUUAGAUCUCUUUCAAAAACAAGAAUAUGUUCUAGUGUGACAAAAAAUAUCACGUCGCAAAUGUUCAUAUCUUUAUAAAAAAAAAAACGAAAAAUAAUUGACUUUCAUAAUAAAAAUACAGACAACGCCAGGUUUCCCAAAGAACCUUUGGUGUCCAAAGAGAUUUUGCGUCCUUUUUUCUCUUAGUAAGCGAAAGGACAUUGCAGAAACCAAAUUUCAUAUUCAAAUGUCAUUUAGAUACCAUCUCUGCGCAAGAAAAUUUAAAAAACAUGCUCGUAUAUUCAGAUACCAGUUAAUCACAACUAAUCCAAAACACAUUGCAAUACAUCAGCCUCCAAAGAAAACCUCACAUUUCUGACUAAAAAAAAAAAAAGUUUUUUGAUAUGCAAUAAGUCAGUCACUCUUAAUUUCAGUCAAUUCGAAAGAGAAGUGUUAGUUCUCUUCCUUUUUUCAAAGUGUAUAGUGCCUUCCUGUAAUUCAAGAAGAAUUUGUACCUUACUCAAUUUCCUUGGCGGCAUCUACAUCGAAAUCACCAUGUCCCUUUUGAAUAUGAUGUAUCAGAGCAAAUUUUAAUGAGAAUGAGAUCAAACAUUUCGGUGUUGGUAUUUGUAAUAUUAAAGGGAAUUCUUAGAAAAAAAUUCCAAUUUACUUGACCCCUACACCUGUCAGAAUUUUUAAAAAUAUGUAUUGUAGUCUUUAACAGUUCAACUUGAUAUUUAUUGGCCAAUCAAUUUCAAAAUAUUUUAAAAAUAUAAAUUGUAGUCUUUAACAAAGUUCAGAAACAGACAUAAUAUUUAUUACAACCAAUCAAGUGUUUUUCAAAAUAGUUAAAAGACCAGAUAUGGAAAUUUCUUGGGGUUAUCAACCCCCUAAAUUCAUAAAAGUUGCGAGGGUUUUUUCCGGGUCCUUAACUCUCGCAAAAAAGAUUUUCAAAUUGAACAAUCAAGAAAACAGACAUUUUUUAAUUUAUCAAAGUUGAAUGUUCUUUUAAGCGCUUCUUGUCAAUGUUUUUUUAAUUGAGCCAGUGUUGAUAAAUGUCAACAAGGUUUAUGGACUCAGGAGAAGAUGAAAAGCUUUGUUAAUGAUGUCUCCUAGCAUGAACUAGAACAAUGGGCUUUUUUUGAGUGUUUAUGGAACAUUUUGCUGAUAUCAUCGUUUGAUUUCAGUAUGUAAAUUUAAUAUGCAUGUUCUUUUUGAAACUUUAUAAGAAUAUGGAUAUUAUCCGGCUCUAUUCUGCAAAAGUACCCGGGCAAGUGAAGAAAGUUGUUCGCACUCUUGUCUCUGGAAGCAAGGAGGAUGUGAAAGACAUCCUUCCCAUCGAACUGAGGAAAAUUGAGAAGAAUGCUUCAGAAUCCUUGGAAUUAGCAAAAGCAGUUGAGAGAAAGUUCGAGAAUGUGAUGCAUCUGACUGGUGAGCUACUGGAAGUUUCUUCAGCUGCCAAGGGACAUUUUCAAAAAACCCAAGAAGAACUGCAAAUGAGAAGAGAAAUUGCCUUGACCAAAGAAAAAUCGGUCCGAGAAGAAAUAGAAAGAGCAAAAGAAGAACAAGAUAAGCUAGCCAAACAAGUCAAAGAGGCAAAAGCACUGUGGGAAAAGGCUUUAGAUUCCAUGCCGAGUGGAUGGGACCUUGUUGGUAUGCAAUUUGUCGAGGGAAUCACAAAAGUUUUUACAAGUGCUGUUGAGACAGCGAUUUCUGCAGUAGCUACGAGAGGGAUGAACUCGUCGUCUGCCCCAUCAGAUGCAGACCCAAAUCUGAGGGUGGAUCCUAAUGAAAAACAGGGCGCAAAAAGAGAUUCAAAAUUACCAAUGCAAGCAUUAGUCAAAGCAGAACUGAUGAAAGUUUUUUCAGCCAAGUUGGUGGAAGUUCUUGCGACAUUUCAAGACAAAAGUAAUGGAGGCGAGCCAGCCAAAGACAUUAAAAAGACAAGACUUGAAAUGGAAAGCUUGCAAAAAGAUUGGUCCACCAAGCAAGAAAGUAAAGACGACCAGGAAGGCUUAAAACUGCUGUCAAGAGGUUUGGAGAUAUGCAUGGAAGCGGAAAAAGAGUUGGAAGACCUCAAUUUGUCUAAUGAUAAGAUGAAGAAAAUUGCUAAAAGAGCAUCGAAACUAAAAGAUGACAUCUUCAAGUUCUGCACUAAAGUUCAGACAAAAGUACAGACCAAUCCUUUCUACACCAAGCCACCAAGACAAGCAAGAAACAUGGCUGACCCUGCAAAUUCUGCAUCAUCAAGUGCUGCUAACAUGGCAGUUGAAAGUGCACGGUUUAAAAUUGCUGAAACGAGAGGCUUGCUAGAAAAACAACAGAUGCUAUAUGACGAAGGAAACAAGCAGCUGAAGGAGAGCAACAAGGAGCUAAGUAAAGUUCUUCAAAGCCUUGUGGAAUUCAGCCCAGAGAAGAUUGCUAACUUUGACCAGAUAAGAGAGACAUUGAUAAAAGGCAUCAAGGCUCUUGCUUCAGUACGCGAAAGGUGGCAGAAACUGGUGGAGUUCUUCCAGUGUAUUACCAACAUCAUCAAGGUGUGUCAAAAGGAGAGCCUAACAAGUUUUGUUGAAUAUUCCAAAGUCGCCCAAGAAAGAAGGCUGACUAAGGGCUACACUGACACGGAUUUCAUGCGUGACCUCAUUUACGAACAAGUCAGUCAAGCUAAUAAGACCUCUUAUGUUGUUUGGUCCAUUUCAAACACCUAUGUAGAGGUGUCACGUAAUCACUUGAUGAGCCGAUUGGCCAGCCUUGGUCAUUUGAUCGGCUUGGACCCAGAAAAAGACAGGGCAACCAUUGAGGCAAAGAGGACAGAGCUCCUGGAAGGAAGUCAAGAGGCUGAAAGAGCGAUUAUGCAGUUGGUAUCAGAGGCCCAGAAUACUUUCCAUGAGAAGGUAGGAGAAAGGAUCAAGCAGUUUGAAGAGGAGAUGGAGAAACUUCUCCCGCCAGAAGAUCCAGCCAGAAUAAAAGAAAUAAACGACUCUGUUGCAAAUGCCGUCAAAGAGGCAGAUGAGGAACUAAGCGCGGAUUGCUUUCAAGGUAAAGUCAUACUUAAAACAGGUUUUGUUUAGUUAGGUUGUCAAUGGAAUGGAAUUGCUAGUGGUUUUGUAAUAUUCAUGUAAUAACUUAUCAGCAUCAUCUAAGUCAACGAUGACUAAGUUUUAAAACAAAAACGUUUCUUGAGGGAAAAACGUUCUACUGUUGCAUUUUUGGGGUAGAAGGGGAGAAAGGGGUUCAGUGUCUCUGAGUUAUCUUUGAAAUGGCUUAUUGAAAACUGAGUGAUCCAAGUUUAGCUUUGGGAUGUAGUAAUUGCUUAUUUUAACAUGGAAUAUUACUUUUUUUGGCGACUAGGGUACGUAUGGUAUAGUUAAAGAAACCUGCAAAUAGGAGCUUGAACUUGAUUAUUAUAUGUAGUAUUAGUCAGCGGCAGCUUUUAUCUUACCUAAUUUAUCUAUUUCCUAUCUUCACUGUUUCAUGCAGGUAAUGAACUACAAUAAUUCAUUUCUAUCAAUAAAUUAAAUCAGGGAAAGAUAUUGAAGAGUUUACGUCAAAUAGACUGAUUGAUAAUUGUCUUAUUUUUUAAUGUUUCAGUUGGCACUGUAAACAUAACAUGUUUCAUAACAGACUAUGUUUUCAUUUCAGAUUGGCAGACCUGUGCAGAAAACUGUGUGCAAUAA